CUGUCAGCACACGGGUCCCACAUCCCGAGGGCCAGGGUGCAGGGGUGCCGGGGCCCCCAGCAUUGCUGCUAUCCCGUGAUGGGUGACCCAGCAGGAAGGGGCUGCUAUGCUGUCCCAGGCACUGGGUGGAGCGCGAUGCUGCUGGUGGGAGAAGUUGGGCCCCAUGGCCAUCCCGCUCGGCGGCUGUGGGUGGGUGGCAUCUGCCCAGAGCCAUGUGGCUUGGCCACUGUCUGCAGCGAGGGACACUCGUCCUCCCCGAUGCUUGGAUGGUGUCAGCAGCUUUCUUGGCCCGUUCAGAGUGUCAGUAGCUCACCCAGCCUGCCUGGAGGUCUCAGUCCAGCCCAACCACGAGGGAAGGAGCUCCUCAGUGCUGUGUCCAAAGUGGCCCCCUCACGUGUGUGGGACACAACUGCCUGGCAGCCAGAUUGCUGGCAUGCCAGGGGAACAGGAUCGCUCGAUUGCUGGCAUGCCAGGGGAACAGGAUCGCUCUCCGUGUCUGACCCCGUGCUGCUCCUCCACCACUGGCCCUGCUGCACUGCCUCUCCUGCCUCAUACCGCUGGGGUAGCCGACAACACCCCCGCAGAUCGCCCCUGUGUUUCACACCUCCAGGCCCAUCACUCAGACCUGGCUUGCGUGUUCCUGGCUCCACUGCCCUCGCCAGAGGCGGGGAAGGACGUGCAGCCACUUCCUCCAUCCAGAGCCAGCAGCCGCACCCUGGUCCUUAUCGCUGCCUCCCCAUCGUCCUGGCUGGCUCCUGGCCCUCUCCCUUAUAAGGUGCGGUGCCGCGUCCCUGCCUGCCUCUCCACAGGUAACUCCCCUCUCUGGAGCUGCCUUUCCCCACAGACCUACAUGGCCUUGUCCCCGCCACUGGGGGCGGCAGCCAAGGUGGCCCAGCUGCCAGUCCCAUUGCCUGUCAGACCAGUUAGGCAUGAAGAGCGGAGGCGAGCCGCUGCCAUACGAGGCGGCUGCUGUGGGCCCUUCCUUCCUCAAGCGUGCUGGGCACAGCUUCCCAGGGCGAUGGCUGAGCCACCUGCAGGAGCAGCUUGUUCCCACCCAGCCAAAGUCUGCUGUGCCUGCGCUCUGUGACCUGCCGAUGGGAACACCCUUCCUGGUAGGGCUGAGGAUGCUGCUGGAACCCUCCUUGGGAGCUCCCUUCCCUCCUGCUUCUUUGCUGGUGGCUGGGCUCUCUGUCCCAUGACUCUCUGCGUCUAGACCUGGCUGUCCGUGCCUUUGCCAAUCAAACCCGAACCUCCUCCUCUACCAGUGGAGAGGGGCUCCUGCCCUUCUGGGCCACUUCCCUUCCCUUCGCCUUGACGCCAAGCCACCUCCGCUUGUGCCUCCCUGUGCCCCCUGCCCUGCCCAUCCUGGGCGCCCGCCAUCCAUGGACGACUCGGAAGUGGAGUCGACCGCCAGCAUCCUUGCCUCUGUCAAGGAGCAGGAGGCACAGUUCGAGAAGCUGACCCGGGCGCUUGAGGAGGAGCGGCGCCAUGUCUCAGCCCAGCUGGAACGAGUCCGGGUCUCCCCGCAGGACGCCAGCCUGGGCUUGGCCAACGGCACGCUCACCCGGCGGCACCAGAACGGCCGUUUCUUGGGCGAUGCUGACCUGGAGCGACAGAAAUACUCGGAUCUGAAGCUGAACGGGCCGCAGGACCACAGUCACGUUGUGUACAGCACCAUCCCCAGGAUGCAGGACCCAGGCCAGAUCGUGGAGGAGACAUACACCAUGGAGGAGGACCCAGAAGGGGCCAUGUCAGUCGUGUCUGUGGAGACAUCAGAUGAUGGGACAACCCGACGGACAGAGACCACGGUGAAGAAAGUGGUGAAGACUGUGACCACGCGGACGGUGCAGCAGUUGCCAGUGGGGCCUGACGGGCUGCCCCUGGAGACGUCCCCUGUCCCCAGCAGCUAUGUCCAGACCAUGGACAGGAACUUCCGCAAGAACGGCAACGGAGGCCCUAGCGGCUACCUGAGCCAGCUGGGAACAGCCACCCUCCCUCGCAACUACCACUACCCUGAUGGCUAUGGCCGCCCCUACGAGGAUGGCUACCCUGGCAGCGACCACAGCUACGGCAGCCUGUCCCGCGUCACCCGCAUCGAUGAGCGUUACCGCCCCUCCAUGGACUCCUACCGCGCCCCCAGUCGCCAGGACAUCUACGGCCCCCAGCCCCAGGUGCGCGUUGGGGGCAGCAACAUGGACCUCAACCACUUCCACCCCGAGCCCUAUGGCCUGGAGGAUGACCAGCGCAGUGUUGGCUUUGAGGACGUAGACUACGGGCUUAUGUCUGACUACGGCACUGCCAGGCGGGCAGGGACCCCAUCGGAUGCGCGGCGGCGGCUCAGGAGCUAUGAAGACAUGCCAGUGGAUGAGGUGGCCCCUGACCGCUACUACUGGGCCCCCCUGGCUCAGCACGAGCGUGGCAGCCUGGCCAGUCUGGACAGCCUGCGUAAAGGAGGUCCAGCCCCCGGAAACUGGCGCCAGCCAGAGCUGCCGGAGGUUAUAGCCAUGCUGAGCUUCCGGCUGGACACGGUCAAGUCCAACGCAGCUGCCUACCUGCAGCAUCUCUGCUACCGCAAUGACAAGUUGAAGACGGAGGUGCGGAAGCUGAAGGGUAUUCCGGUGCUAGUGGGGCUGCUGGACCACCCCAAGAAGGAGGUGCACUACGGUGCCUGCGGAGCUCUCAAGAACAUCUCUUUCGGCAAAGACCAGGACAACAAGAUUGCCAUCAAGAACUGCGACGGGGUGCCCGCCCUGGUGCGCCUGCUGCGUAAGGCCCACGACAUGGACCUCACAGAGGUCAUCACAGGAACACUAUGGAACCUGUCCUCGCACGACUCCAUCAAGAUGGCCAUUGUGGAUCAUGCACUACAUGCCCUGACCGAUGAGGUGAUCAUUCCCCGCUCCGGCUGGGAGCGGGAACCCAGUGAGGACUCGAAACCCCGCCACAUCGAGUGGGAGUCAGUGCUCACCAACACCGCUGGCUGCCUUAGGAACGUGAGCUCAGAGCGCAGCGAGGCCCGUCGGAAGCUUCGGGAAUGUGACGGCCUGGUGGAUGCCCUGAUCUAUAUCGUCCAGUCAGAGAUUGGCCAGAAGGACUCAGACAGCAAGCUGGUAGAGAACUGUGUGUGCCUGCUGAGAAACUUGUCCUACCAAGUCCACCGUGAGAUCCCCCAUGCCGAGCGCUACCAGGAGACACCUCUGGCCCCUGCCAACAACACUGGGCCCCAUCCUGCGAGCUGCUUUGGGGCCAAGAAGGGCAAAGACGAAUGGUUCUCCAGAGGUAAAAAGCUCCCAGAAGACCCUGGUGCCGAUACAGUGGAUUUUCCCAAAAGAACAACUCCAGCCAAAGGCUAUGAGCUCCUCUUCCAGCCAGAAGUGGUCCGGAUAUACAUCUCCCUUCUAAAGGAAAGCAAGACUCCAGCCAUUCUGGAGGCUUCGGCAGGAGCCAUCCAGAACUUGUGCGCUGGCAGUUGGACGUACGGCCGGUACAUCCGCUCAGCGCUGCGACAGGAGAAGGGACUCUCCGCCAUUGCGGACCUCCUGACCCACGACAGCGAGCGAGUGGUGAAAGCAGCAUCUGGAGCCCUGCGCAACCUGGCUGUCGACUUGCGUAACAAAGAGCUGAUAGGGAAACAUGCCAUCCCCAACCUUGUGAAGAACCUGCCUGGAGGCCAGCAGGCCCCGGCUAAAAACCUCUCUGAGGACACAGUAGUGUCACUCCUCAACACCAUCAAUGAAGUAAUUGUGGACAACCUUGAGGCAGCCAAGAAGCUGCGGGAAACGCAGGGGAUCGAAAAGCUGGUGCUGAUCAACAAGUCUGGGAACCGCUCAGAGAGAGAAGUCCGAGCAGCUGCCCUCGUCUUGCAGACAGUCUGGGGAUAUAAAGAGCUGCGGAAGCCCCUGGAGAAGGAAGGCUGGAAGAAGUCAGAUUUCCAGGUGAACGUGAGCAACUCCUCUCGGACCCAGGGAGGCAACUCCUUUGAUGACAGCACCUUGCCUCUCAUUGACAGGAACCAAAAAUCCGACAAGAAAUCCUCCCGGGAGGAGAUCCAGAUGAGCAACAUCGGACCAGACAACUAUUCCACACUCAACGAGCGGGACCACAGCAGGACACUGGACCGGUCUGGUGACCUCAGAGAUACGGAGCCGGUGAAGGCAGCGCCAUUGAUGACACUCGGUGGCCUCGUCCUGGGACAGCCCAGCCCCUCGGCCUCCUCAACUGCUGCACCUCCCUGCUCUGGGACCGAUAACUCUUCUCCCUGUCCUCCACCACCCCCUUCCUUCAGAGAGUAAAAAAAAAAAAAAAAAAUAAUCCCUCCUGCCGGAUCGACCGGUGGAUGCUGCAAAAGGAUUCCGGCUCUGCCUUGAUCAGGAACUGCCUUCUCUCCUACGCCUUCCCUCUGCUUGGAGACGCCUGCAGGGAUAGAGACUGGGACCACACUCACCGCCUUGUUUUGUUUUCUUUCGUUGCCUAUAGGAUAUAUUUUUGUGCAGGAUCACUUUUCAUUCAGGCUGGUGGGGACAGGGAACGUCCCUCCCUGGUGGUGGCUGGACCAGGGGGAGAAAGGCUGGCAUCGCAGUGGGGUGAGGGGAAGGAAAACCAGCAAUAACUUCUCUUUCUUUGCUCUGGAUGAGGCGUCAGGGGUGUGGGAAUGGGAUCCGGCUGGGGCUGCUGGCCCCCACCGGUGACCAUGAGGAGAGGGGUCCUUUUGUGGGGAAGGGGGUCAGCAUAAGGGGCUGAGUCUGUGUGGAAGGAGAUGCGGCAGGGCAGGAUUCUGGGUGUGCGCUGUGUGGGGCGCAGGCCUGGGCAGGGCUGCAGAGACAGGAUUCCCCCUUGCCCCACUGCCCCUCUGACUUUCUCUUGACACGUGCCUUUCUUUUGCCACUGUGAAAUAGCUCUCUGAAUCGUACUGUCUGGUUUCUGCGCUGGGGAUGGGGUGCUUCCCAGACUCUCGUCAGGGCUGGGCAUUUCCCUGCCCUGUCGGGAGCCAGAGCUGGCGGCAGGGGGGCUGGAAGCCCAGUUUGGGGGGUGCAGCCCCCCAGCCCUUGGUUUUGGGGUGCAGGGCUCUUAUCCGCACCCCAGGGAGGACACAUGCAUCCUCCUCCCCUCCGCUGGGAGAGGGCACAUCCACGUGCUGUGAUCUCAUGGGAGCCCUUGGGCUCCCUCUGCAACUGGAAGCCUCUUCUGGAGGCUGCAAACUGGAGUCGGGGGCUGCAGCUGGCAGAACUGGUGCCUUGCUCCUGCCCGGAAGCACCUCCAGCUCCGGCUGAGCGCUUCCCAGCUCCACCCCACCUCAGCUCCGUUGGGUUUUGUUCUGGGGUCUAACUCUUCUCUUUUCCUCUAAAUAUGUAAAACACUAAUUCCUUUUUUUUUAAUUUUUAAUUCCAAAUGAACCAAAAAAAAAGCGCUUCUCCCUUCCCUCCUUCCCUACCCCCGUGGGGAGUGGGGUUGGACGGGAGGGCAGCGGGGAGCACUGUGCCAUUCCUUGUUAAAUUCCUGUGCACACUCUUGUAACGCUUUUAAAACAAAGUGAUUUUUUUAUAUAAAUAAAGUUUUUAAAGUG